AUGGGGACUGUUGGCGAACCUUUGAAGUGUCCCGUCUGCCAAGAUUUUUUCACAGAACCCGUGACGCUCCAAUGUGGACAUGACUUUUGCCUCACCUGUAUCCGAGCCGUUUGGGAAACAGAUGAGUCCACUGAGGGUCCUUUCUUCUGUCCAGAGUGUCAGAUAUUCCUCCCACCUGAUCUCUCUCUGGACAUAAACACAAGCCUUCAGGAAAAAGUCAAGGAUUUCACCGCAAACCACCAAGCUGAGACCGACUCUACAGCAGAAUCCUCUCCAAUUAUCCACUGUGACCACUGCAUAGAGAAGCCAUGUGCAGCCAUCCGGACCUGCUUGACCUGUGACGCCUCGCUGUGCCAGGCCCACGCCCAGCUGCACCAGCAGAGGUCUGCCCUGAGGGAGCACACGCUGGUGGACGUGACCAAGGACCCGCUGUCGCUGAAGUGCAGGGAGCACCGGGAUGAGCUCAAGCUCUUCUGCAUGGAGGAGAAAAUCCCUGUGUGCUGUUUGUGUGUCCUGGUUGGAGUCCACAAGCACCACAAGGCAUCUCAAGUUCAUGAAGCCAGUGCUGACUUUAGGAGUAUGUUGGUGGCUAAUAUGAACGAAUUACUGAAGAGGAGAGUUGAAGCAGAGCACGCCAUUAAGGACUUGGAGUCACUUUACACACAAACUGUGAAAUCUGCUGCGGAUUUCAGAGAGAAAAUCUCAGACAAGUACAGCAGAAUCCGUGUGGUUUUAGACGCAGACGAGCGUCUAAUGAUGCAGAUUAUAGAUGCAGAGGAGGCGUACAUGACGGACUGGCUGGAGGCCCAGAGGGGCAUCACGGAAACUCAGAUUAAAGAGAUAGACAGAUUAAGAGCCUCCAAUAAAGCUCUCCUCCAGGAAACAAAUGACCUGCAGUUCCUUCAGCAAAUCAGAUCACAGAAUCUUUGCGAUCCAUUGGAUUUUCCUCCACUGCAGGCCGUAAACAGGGAUCUUUGUGACCAUGAAAAGCUGAAAACUAUUGAGAGGCUUGUUGAUGAUCUCUCACUAGCUCUGUCGCAACACUUUCCACGAAUGUGGUCAUACCUAAGUUCACCGGCUUUAGAUCCAAAAACAGCCCAUCCAAAACUGGAAAUAUCUCCGGAUAAAAAACAAGUUUACUGGAGACGCCAUCCUGUUGGGGACAGACCGAACCCUCAGCCUUAUGACUCCCAUUACAGUGUUCUCGCUCAGGAGAGCUUCACAAAUGGCCAGCAUUACUGGGAGGUGAUUGUCCAGGACAAACCUUUCUGGAUGAUUGGUGUCACCGCAGGCUUGCUCACUAAGAAAACCAGUCCAGCUCAGAGUUCCUCCAGCCUGGGUGUGAACAGCACAUCCUGGUGCAUCUACCACGGAGAUGGACAGUACCUGGCUUGCCACGACACUCAAGAGAAGCCACUGCCGGUAGUAAAGAGAGUCAGGAAGCUGGGCAUACUGGCUAAUAUCCAGAAGGGGGAGCUGUCAUUCUAUGAUGCGGAUGCAAUGACUCUGCUUCAUGCUUUCUGUGUGCAGUGCACAGAGCCUCUUUACCCCAUAUUCAACCCAUGCAUCGAUAUGAAUGGAGUCAACAGGCAGCCGCUCACUUUGUUCUGGAUUAAGGAUCCCUGGAAUUGGGAAGAGGAUGAAAAAUGAAUUAUAUUUUCUGUUUAUUUCAUUUGAAUAAUGUGGUGAAAAUGUCAAGUCAAAUAAUUACUUGUAAAUUAGUACAAUGUCAGAUAUUUGCAUGGUUUAAACAAUAAUCACUCAAUCUAUUUAAGUAUUAGGAGGUAGAUGAUAGACAAUAUUUUCCUUCAGUGUUUAUAUGUUAUCAAUAUAUUCCAACUUUAAUUCUAUAGUUGUGUAACGUUU